AUGGGCGGAUCGGUGAAAGACAGCUGUUCUUCGUUGUUCAGAAGCGUGUUAUUCUCGUAUUCCACAGUUAAAUUAGUUAAGGUGCCUAACACACCGAUUGGCAUACUCAAUCGGAUUCUUCAAUUAGGUAUCCUACUGUAUAUCAUCGGCUAUAUUGUCGUAUGGAAAAGAGGAUAUCAACAAUUUCAAGAACCUCAUGGAACGAGUGUCAUCAAAGUGAAAGGCAUCGCUCGAGUUACAGGAAGUGGCAAUUCAACUUACUUCACGAGCGACGAUACAAAAUACAUAUGGGAUACAGCAGAAUAUGAAAUGCCGCCAAUAGAAAACAAUGCAUUUUUCGUGGCCACACAUCAAACUAUAACCCGAAAUCAGACACAAGGAAAAUGUCCAACUGCAUUAGAUGAUAAACUAUUCUGUACUGCAAAAAACAAAACAAUCUGCGUCGCUGGUAAACCAACGCGUAAUACUUUCGGCUUUUAUACUGGCGACUGUGUUCCAAGCCAAGAAGAUGACAAUAUCACCGUGUGCGAAAUGGAAGGAUGGUGUCCGGAAGAACUGUCCGAUUCAUUGGAUUAUGUUAUCAAUGAACAAGAUCUACGAAGUUUUACGAUAUUCCUUAAAACAAUGGUUUCAUUUUCAUUAUUCAAAAAGAAACUACGAAAUAUUCAAACGGAUGUGGAUUUUCAAUGCCGAUUUGACGGUACUGCAGCAACUGCUAGUUGUCCAAUAUUUCCGAUGGGCUAUAUUCUUGAUCAACUCGAUACCAAUAAAACAGCACUUCUGCUUGAAGGUGGUUUAAUCGAGAUUCUUCAAGACUGGUCAUGUAAUUUUGAUCUUCAUCCGAAAUCAUGUACUCCCAAGUACGAAUUUUCACUUCUGCAAAGCGGUGACGACGCACUAUCACCAGGAAUCAAUUAUCGAUCUGCACAGAAAUAUUAUGAAGGUGGACGAGAUCGUCGAACAUUAAGCAAAGUCUAUGGAUUACGUUUUGUUGUAACCAUAUCCGGUAAAGGUGGACAAUUCAAUAUUGUGAAUCUCUUCGUUGCUAUUGGCUCAGGUAUUGGCUUUAUGGUAAUUGCAGGAAUUGUAUGUGACGCAAUAUUUAUGUACGUUCAUCGAUCUCGUCGAAAAUAUCGAGAAGGAAAAAUCAGUAUAUGUGAAGUGGAAGGCUAUGAUGCCAUGGCCUAA